AUGGCUGAUGCUGACGAUGUGCAGUUGUCCGGUGAGACUCGAAGUGUCAACGAAGCUCUCGGAUACCCUCGCAAGAAGCAGAAGAAGGCAGAAACAAGGGACAACUGGGUCGGUCAUUAUCCGAUGACACUUGGGCUUCGUCCGGUUGUGACCGCAGACACAGGAAAAGUGAAGCAAGCUGUGUGCCGAUUUUGCGAAAACUUCAAACGAGAAGGAAAGAUUGUUCAAGCAGAAGAGCUGAGCCUUAUUCUCAACGGAGACACGCGCGGCCCCUGCAAAACCACCGCAAUAUUUGUGAAGUUUCGACGGGAUAAUAUAGUGCGCCACCUUAAAUCGCAACACAAGACAAAAUGGGCCGAGUACCAGAAGCUGCCCAACAACCCACUGAUCAGGGACCGCUUUUUCUCAGCCAAAGAUUUUGGAGCGAGUAUUCUCUCGUACGUGCCCGACCAGAGUGGUUUCUGUGUUGUUGUCCCAGGUAGUAUAAUUUCAGUCAUUCAGCGUCUGAUUCGGUAG